CUAACGUAGUCGUUUGGAUCUCAGUGUUUAAAGCAGAAAAUUGAAUGUCCAGUUGUUGAUCCAGCAGGAUUUGUGGAUUUAGUGAAUUCUUGUAUAUUUUGUAUCGGUUCAUGUCAGAUCUUGAUGCUGUUAGGAGGCCGGAGCAGCAGCACGGAUCUGUUUACAUGCUGAGCUCAUCAGCUGCUGAAUCUUAAAGCAGUUUCAUCUACAUUCUGCAGGGAUGAGCUUCUUCGGUUUUGGUCAGACUUCUGAAAUCGACAUAGUCCUGAACGAUGCUGAGACGAGGAAAAAGGCAGAACACAAGACUGAAGACGGGAAGAAGGAGAAGUAUUUUUUAUUCUACGACGGAGAGACUGUUUCUGGAAAAGUGAACAUCACACUGAAGAACCCGGGGAAGAGGCUGGAACAUCAGGGAAUAAAGAUCGAGUUUAUUGGACAGAUCGAGCUGUAUUAUGACCGAGGGAACCACCAUGAGUUUGUGUCUCUGGUGAAGGACCUGGCUCGGCCGGGAGAGAUGACCCAGUCUCAGACAUUUGACUUUGAGUUCACGCAUGUGGAGAAACCGUACGAGUCGUACACGGGCCAGAACGUCAAGCUCCGCUAUUUUCUACGAGCAACAGUAAGCAGAAGGCUAAAUGACGUCAGUAAAGAGAUGGACAUUGUUGUGCACACGCUCAGCACAUACCCCGAGCUGAACUCCUCCAUUAAGAUGGAAGUUGGAAUUGAAGACUGCCUUCACAUUGAGUUUGAGUACAACAAAUCCAAGUACCAUCUGAAGGAUGUGAUAGUGGGUAAAAUCUAUUUCCUGCUAGUCCGUAUUAAAAUCAAGCACAUGGAGAUAGACAUCAUUAAGAGAGAGACGACGGGAACCGGACCAAAUGUUUACCAUGAAAACGACACCAUUGCUAAGUAUGAAAUCAUGGAUGGAGCACCAGUCAGAGGUGAAUCCAUUCCCAUCCGGCUCUUUCUGGCUGGUUAUGAAAUGACUCCUACAAUGAGAGACAUCAAUAAGAAGUUUUCUGUUCGCUAUUACCUCAAUCUGGUGCUCAUCGAUGAAGAGGAGAGACGAUACUUCAAACAACAGGAGAUCACCUUAUGGAGAAAGGGCGAUAUUGUGAGGAAGAGCAUGUCGCAUCAAGCUGCCAUUGCCUCCCAGCGCUUCGAAGGCUCUGCCGCUUUGGAGAAGGUCCUCGCUCAGGCCAGGGAGGAAAACGAGUAAUCGCAUCAUCUUAAGGCCAUAAAACACAGAGAUCUGUGUAUCUGUGAGUGUGUGUAUGUAAGAGAGUGAGUCCAUGUUCUGAAUUUAUGGAUAUGGAGGUUUAACAGUGACGUGAUGGCCAUUCCUAAUCGUUUUAUUCUUUUUUUUAUAUAAGAAGGGAUGUACCUGGGGAACGGUUCUUUUGUUUAUUUUCUAUUCACAGCAAACAUGACUUAUUUGCCAAAUUGACAAAUUUAAUAACACAUUUCGAUCUGUUCCAUUGUUUUGUAUUUUUUUGUUUUUCUUUUACUUUUUAAUUCUAUUUUAAGCUACUGUCCUCGAAUUACAUUCUACUGCAUUCGAUGUGUGUGAUUGUCAUUGACUAAUGAUAUGCAAUCAAGUACGUCUUUUUACUUUUUUUAUUUCUGCAUCUUGUCAAAGCACUUUUAGUUUAGAAAUGAAUCCUGAAUGGACGGUCUAGCACUAGCGAUGUGCUGCUUAAAAGUUUAAUGUAGCAGUGAGCGGGACCAAACUUGAUUUAGUUGUGAGGAUUUUUUUCAUUUCUCAGGAGGCUGCAGUUCAGUAUUGAAACACAUCAGUCUCAUGAUAUAAAAAAUAAAAGGGUGUUUUUUUUAAUGCCAUAUUCUAAAAGCCGAUUUUGGAGACAUGUUUCAUUAUUCAGUUUUUUUUUAUUAUUAUUUUGUACAUAUGAUGCUAGAAUUUGUGACACUUUAAUGUAAUCUUCUUUAUUUUCUGUGCCUAAUUUUUAUUGCUGAAUUUUACCUUCUGCUGUAGUGAAAAUGAGAUCUGUUUUUCUAACGAAGCCCUAACCAUUAUCUUACUCUUACAAACAUUAACAUGUUUAAAAAUAUAUAAUGCUUAUAUAUAACACUUUACUCAAUGCUAGCAUUUCCACAAAGCAAGUUGUAUUUCAUUAUUACCCUUUAAUUGCUUUUUC